AUGGAUUCCAAAGCUGAGGGUCUUCGCCAAUCUAUGCUUGAAAAGCAGAGACAAAAGAUCUAUGAAGAAUCAGAAAAGGAGCGUCAGAAAAACGCCAAGAUGAGUGAAGUUCGCGUGGGUUCAGACAAGUUUGUAACCACCAAAACCGACAUCGAAUCGCAGUUGAAGAGCAGUACAAUUGGUUUGACAGAGCUGAAGGAUUAUAGAAAAAUUAGAGAAAACCUAGAGGAGCAACAGAAACGAGAGGCUGCCAAAACAGCACCGUUGAGCGACGAAAAACGAAAGAAAAAGAAGAAGAAGCAGCCUCUGAAGCUAUCAUUUGCAGGCGAUGAUGAGGAGGAAGAAGAAGCAGAGGACGAGCAGCAGGGAGACAAACGAGCAUCAGACAAAGAGGAUGAUAAACAAGUGAAAAAGAGAAGAAUGCUAAAGGAUCCUACAAUCGAUACAAGCUUCUUGCCCGAUAGAGAGAGAGAGGAAAAAGAACGCAUUGAGCGUGAGCAGUUGAGAAGAGAGUGGAUUGCUAAGCAAGAGGAAAUCAAGAAUGAAAAGAUCAAUAUCACUUAUUCAUUCUGGGAUGGUAGCGGCCAUCGCAAAAUGGUUACAUGUAAAAAGGGGGAUUCUAUCCAGCAAUUCCUAGAUGCUUGUCGCCAGCAGUUCUCGCAGUUGCGUGGGGUCAAUACUGACAAUCUAUUGUAUGUCAAGGAAGACUUGAUUAUUCCACAUCAUUUCACAUUUUACGACUUUAUCAUCAACAAAGCCAGAGGAAAAUCAGGACCGCUGUUCAACUUUGACGUCCAUGAAGACAUUCGAUUUGUCAAUGAUGCGACUAUUGAAAAGGACGAGUCGCAUGCUGGUAAAGUGGUCGAAAGAGCCUGGUACGAACGCAACAAACACAUUUUCCCUGCCAGUCGAUGGGAGGUGUUUGAUCCAAAGAAAUCUUAUAGCAAGUACAAAAUCAAGGGUUAA